CUUUAAGAAAAUGGCAAGAGUUUCUGUAGAUGAGUUUAUAAAUAUAAAGGAUUUUGUAAGGAUGAGUAUUGGGAUAUUCAAUGUACUAGCUAAUGCUCAUAAUGAUAAUUUUGACAUUUUGACAAGCUUCUUGAACAGUCAAGGAAUUUAAUGAUGGUAGCCUCGAAUUUGAGAAGAUCAUGACUCUAGAUAAGAACACACUUGGAGUUGACUCCUUUGGAACAAUUUCAAGUCAAGGGUUUUGGAAAUCUCUGAAGAAAGAACUUUUCCAAAAAGUAUGAACUGAUCAGCUUAGCUCACUCGGAUUCCAUAGCCCUGGAAAGAGUAAAAAGUUUGAUGAGCCUACUAUUUCAUCUAUUCGCAAAGCUAGAGCUGCUGUAGCAAACACAGAGAGUUCUGUAUCUUCUAGGUCAGUCUCAAAAGAGAAAUGUGGGGUCUUCAAAAGAACCAGACAAUUUGGGAAAUUUAUUAAUAAAAGUAAGAAUAUUUAUGAAGAUGAUGGCGAGAAGAAAUCCAAACAAACAUUACGUAAGAAGAAGGGCUUCUUAGGCACCAAGAAGCACAGUUGCAGCAGCCAGAGAAGUCUGGCUCAUCUUGAGCCUAAGAACCAGAUUAUUAAUCUUACUGUGUCAAGCAAUCUUUCUCUUCCAAAGAAGAGUCAAGGGAAGAUAGUAACUCCAACUGGGAAGACCUCUCGAGUGCCGAGGGAGAUGAAGACACCAAGUUUUGGAAAUAAUUCAGGUCAAGACGAUCAUCCUUCUUUGUAUAAAGAUUCUCACAGAAGAGAGAAAGGACUAGAAGCUGUAACUUCUGCUGAAAGAACAAUGCAGGAGAGACAUCAAGUUUCUAAAGAAAUUGAAGUGGCAACUCUUAAAAGAAUGGAGAAGCCGGGUCAGGCAAAGAUCUCACUUUGAGAUUCUGAUAAAAUCACUACAAAUGAUGAAAGAAUCCUUCAAUAUGCUAGCUUAAUGGGCCACAAGAAGAUACCCCAUGGGAUGAAGAAGAACAGUUUGGAGGAUACUAAAACUUCAAUUGGCUCAAACGGUACAUCUAGAGGAAAUAUUAGAAAUCAUCAGAAGCUAAUUUCUAAAGAAGACUCAAAAUCCUUCUCUGAAAUAAGCAAGUUUGAGACGAAUAAGCUUCCCGAAAUUCAAUUGAAAGAGGUACCACCUGCGAAUAGUCAGACUUCUGAAAGAAAUGAUAUGGGCAAUAAACAGCUCAUGGAGCAAUAUUCUACAGAAAAGGAGAGAUAUGUUAAAUACGAACUAGCCAAUCAGGAAAGUGAUAAGCAUUUUGUUCCCAAACCAGCGAGGGACUCCAUCAAAGACAAGCGCGAGGACUAUGAGCAUUUCAUUGAUAGGCCUCUAAACUCUAUUUACGAAUCGAAUCGUAGUAAGCAGUCUAAUCCUACAAGUCUGCAUUCUGAGACAAAUAUGAAGACCCAAAAUAUUAUUGGAAAGGAGGGAAUUCAUGAGAAGGCCUCUUCAGCUGGGAAAUUACAGAGGAAAAUAGUCUCUAAGAAAGGCAGUGAUAAGAAGUCAAAAAUCACUCCACUAAUCACUAAGGAAUAUAAAGAAGAUAAGAUCCAGGGAUAUGAUUUCGUAAGAAAUAAAAUAGGCAAAAGUAAUAGCUUUGAAGGGAGAUACAAAAGUUUGCAGCCUCUUCAUGAUUCGUCCAAAGAACUCCAAUCACUUAAGGCCUUACAAUCUAAUGAUAAGAACUCACGGUAUAGUAGAAACCUGAUUCAAAAGAAAGAACUUAUGGAAACAACAUAUGACAAAAAGUCCAUGAUUCUGAUCCAAAAUUCUGAAUUGCUUGAUCCCCAAGCUUCAAAGAUGACAAGUAUGAAGACAUAUACUAAUGAGUUGAUCAGAAAGGAUGACUCUGGGAGCUAUUUGAAAAAGCAGCCUAAGUAUUUCAAGAACAUGAACAUGCCAGCUUCAUUGCCUAGUCAUCAGACAGGAGCUCAACCAUGGCCAUCUAAGAGAUACAACAACGUUCACGAGUCAAAUGCUUCACUUAGAGAAGAUGCUAGUAGAGCUUCUUCUGAGAUGUUCAAUUCUGACGAGCUUGUAUGUUCUUCUGGAGCUGCGGUGUCGUAUAACGACCAUAACCUGCUAGAGAAGGAAAUGGAGAAAAAUGAAUCAUCGAAAAUGAAACAGAGAAAUCUAAACAAUCGAUACAGUAAGGGUUCCAGUGAUGGUCUUACUCACCUUAUCCUCACUCCUGAGGACAGAGUCAGAGUCAAGAGAUUCAACUCAAAUGAGAAUUAUACAGCUGUGUACAGAGAGAAUAUAGAAGAAAACAAGCUAGAGGAUAGCUCUUCUGUAAAGCCAGAGUAUGGAAGAGAGAGUUCUAUGAGGACUAUUACAGCUAUGGCACUUCCUGGCAAAGUCCUUAACAAAAUAAUGGGGUAUUAUGGAGAUCAGUAUGUAAUGAACUCUCUUUGUAAAGAGAUCAGGAAUAAAAUUAAGACUUAUACUGGAAUAGGAGUAUCUUCUAGCAUCGGGCUUUCAAAGGAAAAUGGAGAGCACCCUGAAGAGGCUGAUAAGGAGCCAUUCAAAAUCUCUUCUACACUGAGAUCUGACUAUGAUAGCCAGUGGUGAAGGGAUGAUUGGGGAAAUCUCAUUUUAGCUAUUCAGAAUGAAGAGUUAUCACCUAAGGAUUCAAUUGUCCUGAAUCUCUACUUUACAUUUAUGGGAGUAGACCUUUCCUUUGAAAAUUUACAAGAGGAGUUGCUUCAAAUAAUGGAAUCAACAAGAGAGAAUCACCACCAGCAUUUUGACCCUGACCAGCAUUUCACUUUCAAUGAGUCGAAUAUUGAGAAAAUUCGGGAGCUAUUGAUCAGCCUCAACAAUGAAAGCUUUAUGUCAUCAGAAGUAUCACAAUUAGGAAUCUUUGAUGUAUUCACGAAUAUCAUCAUUGAAGCACUCCAGUUUCUAGAGUUUAUUCCAAGUUAAGUUUGAGGUAU